GCAGAGAUUCGUUGUGUUACGGUAGCGCCCAGAGGUGCUUUUCUGGCUGUUUUUAUGCUGUAGCCCAAUUCUGUUCCGCAGCUGAUGCGGCCGCUGUAGCCAUGUGGGCAGCUGAUGAAGUUGCUGGUCUGUGCUACACACAUUAUAGCACCAAGCUGCCUAAGCAGGGGAAGCCGGAUCCUAACCGGGAGUGGACGUUACUGGCAGCUGUGGUUAAAGUGGAGUCUGCACCUGAAGGAGAGGCUUGCCUUAAUGUUGGGAAUCUGCAGGUAACUAAGGAAGUUGUUGCUAUGGGGACUGGAACUAAGUGCAUUGGCCAUACAAGAAUGAGGAAAACUGGGGAUAUUCUCAACGACAGUCAUGCUGAAGUCAUUGCCAAGAGGAGUUUCCAGAGGUAUCUCGUCUACCAGCUGUGGCUGGCAGCCUCACACCAACAGGGCAGCAUCUUCAGCCCAGGGACUGAGAUUGGGAAAUGGAAACUCAAACCACACAUCACCUUUAUUUUUUUCUGCAGCCAUACCCCCUGUGGAGAUGCCUCCAUUAUUCCAAUGACCAAACCAGAGGACCAGCCUUGUGAGCUGGUUAGUAGAAAAGAUCCAACAAGGCAUUCAGCAGAUUGCAGUGGCAACCAUGAUCCUUUGGGUCCAGAAAAUAAAAGGAAAACAGAGGAAACUGCAAGUGAUCAUGUGACCAAGAGAAUGAAAACUGUCAUCAGUGAUUCUACAUGUGAGGUCACUGAGAGAAUAGCUGCUCAGUAUGUUCCUGGCAAUCAACAAAACAUACAAGACACAGAUACCAGCCGCUCUGAAUUUAUUACAGAUGGACAAAGAGAGAUCUUAACGUGUGCUAAGGAGACCGGACUAAUAGGAGCCAAAGUGAUGGAUGUUUAUAGAACCGGAGCAAAGUGUGUGCUGGGAGAGAGGGAUGAUGCUCGGAGACCUGGGGUAGAAUAUCAUCAUGUUGGGUUACUACGAGUGAAGCCAGGCCGUGGAGACAGGACCUGCUCCAUGUCCUGCAGUGAUAAACUAGCUCGCUGGAAUGUACUGGGCUGUCAAGGAGCCCUCCUGAUGCAUUUCCUACAGCACCCGGUGUAUUUCUCAGCGGUUGUACUGGGGAAAUGCCCAUAUAGCCAAGUGGUCAUGCGGAGAGCAGUUAUUGAAAGGUGUCAGCACAUCUCAUUUUUACCUGAUGGUUUCCAUGUUCAGGAGGUGAAAAUGUUGCAGUCAAAUCUUCAGUUUAAACAUAGCCGCCAUGCAAUUCAGACAGGUCAUGCUAAUGGCAAAGCAAAGCUUGUUCCUUGUGGUGCAGCUAUCAGCUGGAGUGCUGUCCCUGAGCAACCUCUAGAUGUCACCUCAAAUGGCUUCAAGCAGGGAACAACAAAGAAAGGAAUCGGAAGUCGCCAGACCAGGUCCCGGAUCUGUAAGGUGGAACUUUUCCAUGUAUUCCAAAGGCUGGUGGCUAGUAUUUCACAGGAGAAUCUGCCAGAAUCUCUCAGGGAGAAGAAGUUGGAGACCUACUGGGAGUACAAGGAAGCUGCAGCAAACUAUCAAGAAGCUUGGAAAGUGCUGCGUAGCCAGGCCCUAGGAGCCUGGGUCAAGAAUACCAAGGAUUACCUGCAGUUUACAUAAAAUGGCAGCUGUGUGAGCCCAGCAUUGAUGGAGCCUUCAGACACAGAGUGGGAGAUGUUACUUUAGAAUGUGGGCCAAAUUCUGGCUGUCAGUUGAAGCCAGGACCUUGUCUCUAAGGCCCAGCUGUUUAAAGGGAUUUGAGUCAUUGCAAUGCCUCACUGAUUUAGGAGACUAAAUCCCAUUUUCCAAGGGAGCGUGGGAUUUAGGCUGAGCACAGCAACACCUCAAUACCUUUAAAAAUCUGAGCCUGAGGGAGGGGGAUAGAAAAGGGAACUUGUUAUGGCUGCUUGUUUGUCAUUCUUUAUGAAAUAUAAAUUAGACCCCAGUGGUCUUGGGUGGUCACUUCUGAGCUGUAUUUACCAUGGCAUAUGUCAAGGCUGAAUCCCCACUCUGGCACUUUGAGUGCAGAAGGUGGGGGCCUGCAAGGAUUUUAAAAAUUAA